AUGCCCAGUCGACUCCUGGUUCAACGGCCUUCUCCGACAACUGUUAGCUUCACGGUAUCUAAUGCGCCGAGUCGCUCCAAUUCCCCCGCAAAGAUCCUUUUCGGUUUCCAGGUCCUGCUACGGACUGUUCUUUUCCUCUGCGUGGUUGUCAUCGCACUAGCAAGGCUGCGACACUUCUCAUUUGAAGCAGAGGGGGGGUUUAUAUCCUGGCCAGCCAUAUGGGCGAGCCCUCUCGGGUCUCAUAUCUGCCAGCUAGUGGACGCAUACAACCCGUUUGUUGUGGCGGUGAUGAGCACCUUGGUGAUCUAUGGGGUUUUCAGGAGAAACUAUACCGAGGAAUCCCUUUUGGUCAUUCGAGGAUUUGGUAUCCAGACCUCAACCUCAUCAUCCACCUAUCUCUCGUCGGCCGUGACAAGAUUUAUCCCUACAACCCAGAUUCAAGACAUUGUCAUCCAUGAAGCCUUUAAGGGCUUUGAAGUCCGGUUCUACCUGGCUGUGAUUGUGGAGGGCGAGCCUGAUGUCUUGGUGGUCUUUCCGCACCUACUGCCCAAACGAGAGAUUUUAGAAGAAGUCUGGAGAGGCUCCCGACGCUGUCUCUAUGAUGCAAAGUCUUGA